AUGGGCGCACCAGAGACGCUCGCUCCCAAAGAUGGGGGUUUGCCACACGACUUGGAGCAAGCCAGAAUAGACCAGGAGCUUGCCGACCUAGAACGACUGGGACGAGAGAGACCAAAAUGCUUCAAGGGAGCAUGGUCAGAGAUUUCCUUUUGCCUAUCAAUCUUCAUGUCUCAGAUUCUGGCUGAAUACUACAUCUCAGGCUCGAAUGUGCUACUUCCGACUCUUGUGAAAGAGCUCAAUCUUCCCGAAGCCUCGGCAAUUUGGCCAUCAACCGCACUGUCGUUGGUAGUCACGUCGACACUCCUCAUCUUCGGCCGGUUGACGGAUAUGUUUGGGGGUUAUGCAAUCUACAACGCAGGAGCUAUAUGGCUGACAAUAUCGUCAAUCCUGUGUGGCAUCUCUCAGACAUGGUUGAUGUUGGUCAUUUUUCGAGCGCUGCAAGGCUUUGCUCUGGCCGCCUUUCUUCCCUCCGGAAUCAUGAUUCUCGGCAGCACUUACAGACCAGGCCCCCGAAAGAACAUCGUGUUCAGUAUUUACGGUGCCUGCGCCGCACUGGGGUUCUUUGUUGGCAUUUUCUUUUCUGGUCUGGCCGGUGAAUAUCUCACUUGGAGAUGGUAUUUCUUCUUCGGCGCAAUCUUCUCGGCCAUCACUGCAGCUCUCGCGCUGUUUUCCAUCCCGCGAGACUAUGCAGAGAAACGGAAAUCUGGUGUCACAAUGGACUGGCCAGGUGCAUGCCUCUCUGUUCCGGCGGCGGUACUUAUCGUCUUUGCCAUUGCCGACAGCGCCCACGCGCCACAAGGUUGGAAAACGCCGUACAUUCCUCUUUUCCUUGUCCUUGGAUUGAUCAUCCUUGGCUUCAUGGUUUAUGUCGAAGGAUGGGUUGUCAAGAAUCCACUCCUUCCUGGCGAUAUCUUCAAAGUGAGAUAUAUGCUGCCGUUGGUCAUAUCGUUGCUCCUUUUGUACGGAACGCUGGGUAUAUUUUUGUUGUACGCUGUGUUAUACAUGUCUGACAUCAUGGGAGCUUCUCCAAUGCAAAUCGUGGCAUGGACUGCACCCAUGGGAGUAGGCGGCCUGAUUCUUUCGGUUGGGGGUGGCAUGAUAUUCCACAAAGUGCCCGGAACUAUCUUGAUGAUGAUAUCAUGUUUGGGAUAUGUGGGAUCGGGGCUUCUGUUUGCUGUGAUCCCCGUCGGGGGGAAUUACUGGGCGUACGUCUUCCCAUCGAUGAUCUGCGGCACAAUUGGCAUCGACAUCAGUUUCAACCUUGCCAAUGUUUUCAUCACCACCAAUCUUCCAAAAGCAAGACAAGGUCUUGCAGGCGCCUUGAUCAACUGUACGCUGCAUAUGGGAAUCGCAGUUAUGCUCGGGUUCGCAGAUAUCGUCCAAACUCAGACCGUGGACUUGGGGACUCGCCGGAGUUAUAAAGCGGUCUUUUGGUACGAAACUGGACUGGCGAUUCUGGGUCUCAUCAUUGUUGCAUUAUUUGUGAGAAUUCGCGAGGCGAAAAGUGAACUGACUCUCGACGAAAGAGAGGUAAUGGCGGCCGCUGGGAGUGAAAGGACUGAAGUUUAG